AUGGGUGACCAAGGCCUUGGGCAGGUAGUCUCCUGGUACAUCUGCACCGUAGCUACCGUGCCCUUUGUAGCUUUGCGCAUGUACUCGCGAUGGAGUCGAUUUGGCAAAUUGGCAAUCGAGGACUUCCUCGUCAUACUCGCUCUGUGCUGCCUCAUAGGAGACCUGGGCAUCCAGCAGCACAUGUGGAACUUGGGCCUGGGCGACAUGUCGACCGUGACGCCUGAGAAGCUUAAGGGAAUCUUGCAGAUGAUUGUGCCUGGCUCGAUACUCUACGUCUCCUCCCUUUGGGCCAUCAAGUUCGCCCUGGUGAUCUUCUAUAAACGCAUCGCUGUGCCGGGAUCACGACUAAUCCUGCUGUACAACAUCGCGCUUGGUGGACUAACAGCCACAUUUCUGGUGAUUUUCUUCGAUAUCUUGUUCCAGUGUUAUCCGUACGACAAGCGCUGGUCGAGCGACCCGAAUUAUCAAUGCGAUCCCAAAGCUGCGCAAAUCAACUACUGGAUCACGAUCUUCUUCAACAUCUUCUCGGACGCCAUAAUCAUUGCGUUGCCGAUUACUAUGGUGUCGAGGUUGCAAAUGAAGCUGAAGCAGAAGCUCGGUGUCGCAGCUAUCUUUGCGCUUGGAUUUUUCGUCAUCAUCUCGAGCAUCAUUCGAGCAUACUACUCGCACAGGAACGAGACAAUGUUGACCUGCACUGUCUCCAUGGUCGAGACCGCCAUUGCCAUCAUCGCCGCAUGCCUGCCCGCGCUUCGUGCCAUGGUGAUAGGCGGCAGCACCAACGACCCGAGCAGCUACGGCAAACAUUACGAACUGAGCUCUGCCCGGCGCAGAACGACGGACCCAAAUCGUUUGGGAGUUGGCAGCGGAAUUGCUUCUGGGCCUGCUUCGGGCUCCCGUUCGAAAUCACACCACAACCCAAAUGGCUCGGAGGAUUCGCUCGUUACGAGUGGGUUGAGUGUUGGGCUCGACGGAAGAGGGAAGAUUAGAGUAGAGACUACGAUCGAGGCGAUGUAUGAGGACGAUGGGAAGAGCAGGGCGGAAAGUUCAAGGAGCGACGUCUAA